AUGUCGAGCUCGUUCCAGCAACAUCCAUCCCUUAUCGGCGACAACCAAGCCAAAAGCAUCGCCGCAAUAGUCUUCAUCUCGAUCGCCCUAUACAACGCGCUGGAGCUGAUGAUCCUCAUCCCACUGAGCUUCAAGACAUACCGCAGUCUCUACUUCUGGUCGCUCCUCCUAUCAGCCGUAUUGGGCAUCAUCCCGACCAGCCUAGGAACCUCAUUUCAAUUCUUCGAACUCACACCGCUAUGGCUAAGCCUUCUCCUUGCGAAUAUCGGCUUCAUAAUGCUAGUCCCGACACAAUCGGUAGUCCUCUACUCCCGCCUCCAUCUAAUAUCAACCAACUACCGCCUCCUCCGCUUCUUGAAAUGGCUCAUCAUAGUCGACACCGCCAUCCUUGUCAUUCCAACCGUCACCCUCAACUUCGCCUCCGAAUACUUUUCCCAUUCAUCGACCUGGGUGCGCGCAUUUGAUAUAGUCGAAAAAUCACAGCUCACCUGGUUCUCCGCGCAAGAAACCCUCAUCUCUGGUAUCUACAUCUACGAAACAAUCGGUGUAAUCCGGAUGAGUCCGCACGAAGACAUGAAACGACAUAAGAUCCUGUACGAGCUGCUCGCGAUUAAUAUCGCAGCGAUUUGCAUGGAUAUCGCGCUACUAGUCCUGGAGUAUAUGGGCCUUUAUUUUACGCAGAUCAUCUUCAAGGCGUUGGUUUAUAGUAUCAAACUCAAGAUGGAGUUUGCUGUGUUGGGGAUGUUGAUCUCCAUGGUGCAUCAGGGUUCUUCGCAUGGCGAAUUGCCCAGUUCGGAUUUGUCACAUUUCAUGUCGGGAUGA